UUUUUGUUUCUCUCUCUUUUGCUGGUCAAUAGGGUAUAAUUUUAGUACUUAAUAUUCAAAGAAGUAGUGUGAACCAAGAUCUAUAUAUUUAUUAUCUCAUGAUACGUUUAACGGAAGUACUUAUUGUUUUUCUCUUGGUCUCAAUGCUCACUUUAUCCCCAUGAAGUUUUGCUCAUACUCAAGUUAUAUUGCAGAGAGAUAGGAGAAAAAUGGGUAUGGUUUUAUUUGCUUUCUUGCUUUUACUAAUCAUAUUCCCAACUUGUGGCUUUGCAGCUAUAAACACAUCAAGUCCUUUGUCAAUAGGACAAACUCUGAGUUCUCCUGGUGGAUUUUAUGAGUUAGGCUUCUUCAGUCCUAAUAAUACCAGGAAUCAGUAUGUUGGCAUCUGGUUCAAGAAGAUUGUUCCUCGGGUAAUUGUGUGGGUGGCUAACAGAGAAACGCCAGUUACAAGCUCUGCAGCAAAUCUCACUAUCAGCAGCAAUGGGAGUCUGAUCUUGCUUGAUGGGAAACAAGAUGUUAUUUGGUCAACAGGAAAAGCUUUCACAUCCAGCAAAUGUCAUGCGGAGCUCUUAGACACGGGAAAUUUUGUUGUAAUUGAUGAUGUUUCAGGGAAUAUAUUAUGGCAAAGCUUCGAGCAUCUUGGUAAUACUAUGCUGCCUCAGUCAUCGUUGAUGUACGAUACUUCUAAUGGCAAGAAGCGUGUGUUGACUACAUGGAAAAGUUACAGCGAUCCGUCGCCUGGGGAGUUCUCGUUGGAGAUUACACCACAAAUCCCCGCACAAGGCCUUAUAAGAAGAGGCUCACUACCUUACUGGAGAUGUGGUCCAUGGGCAAAAACAAGAUUCUCUGGGAUAUCUGGUAUUGAUGCAUCAUAUGUAAGUCCAUUCAGUGUUGUCCAGGAUCUAGCAGCCGGCACAGGAUCGUUCUCUUAUUCCACUUUAAGAAACUAUAAUCUGUCGUAUGUUACGCUAACACCAGAUGGGCAAAUGAAGAUCCUCUGGGAUGAUGGAAAAAACUGGAAGCUUCACUUGUCUCUCCCAGAGAACCCAUGCGAUCUAUAUGGUAGAUGUGGGCCUUAUGGUUUGUGUGUGAGAUCUAAUCCCCCAAAGUGUGAAUGCUUGAAAGGGUUUGUACCAAAGUCUAAUGAGGAGUGGGGAAAACAAAACUGGACAAGUGGGUGUGUGAGGCGUACAAAAUUAUCUUGCCAGGCAAGCUCUUCUAUGAAAGCAGAAGGCAAAGACACAGACAUCUUCUAUCGUAUGACCGAUGUAAAGACUCCGGAUCUGCAUCAAUUUGCAAGCUUUCUCAAUGCAGAACAGUGCUACCAGGGUUGUCUAGGCAACUGCUCUUGCACAGCCUUUGCCUAUAUUAGUGGAAUUGGAUGCUUGGUAUGGAAAGGGGAGCUGGUAGACACAGUUCAAUUUUUGUCUAGCGGAGAGAUUCUCUUCGUUCGUCUUGCAAGUUCAGAAUUGGCUGGAAGCAGUCGAAGGAAGAUUAUUGUAGGCACUACUGUCAGCCUUUCCAUUUUUUUUAUCUUGGUAUUUGCUGCAAUUAUGUUGUGGAGAUACAGAGCGAAACAAAAUGAUGCAUGGAAGAAUGAUAUGGAACCACAAGAUGUCUCAGGCGUAAACUUCUUUGCGAUGCAUACCAUACGAACUGCCACCAAUAACUUCAGUCCUUCAAAUAAACUUGGUCAAGGUGGAUUUGGUCCAGUUUACAAGGGAGAGUUGGUAGAUGGGAAGGAAAUAGCUGUUAAACGCCUUGCUAGUAGCUCCGGUCAGGGUACAGAGGAGUUCAUGAAUGAAAUAACACUGAUCUCAAAAUUACAACAUAGAAACUUGGUUCGGCUUUUGGGAUACUGCAUCGACGGAGAAGAGAAGCUAUUGAUUUAUGAGUUCAUGGUGAACAAAAGUCUCGAUAUUUUUAUAUUUGAUUCAACUCUAAAGUUCGAGCUUGAUUGGCCAAAGAGAUUUAAUAUCAUUCAAGGUAUUGCGCGUGGACUUCUCUAUCUCCACCGUGACUCACGCCUCAGGGUAAUUCACCGAGACCUGAAGGUCAGCAACAUUCUUCUGGACGAGAAAAUGAUCCCAAAAAUAUCGGAUUUUGGAUUGGCUCGGAUGUUUCAGGGAACCCAAUAUCAAGACAACACUCGCAGAGUUGUAGGAACUCUAGGAUAUAUGUCUCCCGAGUAUGCAUGGGCAGGGUUGUUCUCUGAGAAGUCUGAUAUCUAUAGCUUCGGUGUUCUGAUGUUGGAAAUCAUCAGCGGAAAGAGAAUUUCACGGUUCAUCUAUGGUGAUGAAAGCAAAGGCCUUCUUGCAUAUACAUGGGAUUCUUGGUGCGAGACCGGGGGAUCAAAUCUUCUGGACAGAGAUCUUACUGAUACAUGUCAAGCAUUCGAAGUUGCGAGAUGUGUUCAGAUUGGUCUGCUCUGUGUUCAACACGAAGCCGUUGACAGACCCAACACUCUUCAAGUACUAUCGAUGAUUACUUCAACAACAGAUCUUCCGGUACCAAAGCAGCCAAUAUUUGCAGUGCAUACUCUAAACGAUAUGCCAAUGUCUAAAUCUCAAGAUUUCUUAUCUGGAAAUGAGAUAACACAAUCUAUGAUCCAAGGAAGAUAAGCCUAAGGAUCUUGUUAUCUCAGUACAGAAGUAGUAUAUACUUGUAAAUUCAUGAACAUUUAAAGCUUAAGAUUUUGAUAUCUCAGUACAGAAGUAGUAUAUACUUGUAAAUUCAUGAACAUUUAAAGCUUAAGAUUUUGAUA